AUGCAGAAUGAAGGAAACCGGUGGUUGUUAAAUGAUGAGAAUAAAGGCCUAAUGCGCCAUGCAACGGAUGAUAAUGAGCAACCUGCUUUUAAUGAUAUUCGAAUUGACCUUCGUGGUAGUAGUGUCGAUGGACCUAGAACUGGCCUAAAUAGUAAUCAAACAUAUUAUCCAAACCGUUAUACAGCUGAAAAUGAUCAACGAUCACAAGGUUCAGUACCAAGUCGAGUAUCAAGAUAUUCAGAGUAUCCUCAAGUUCGGCCAACUAAUCCAUUAUAUUCAAGUCAAUCAACUAUAAGAACACAAGGCUCCAAUCCUCAUGCAGCUGGCGCAUCAAGUUCAAAAAGUUCAGCUACAUUAGUGAAUCGUCGUCAAAAAUUUGAUCCACAAGCACCACGUCGACCAUCAGAUUGGAGAUGGUUAGCAAUAUUAUGUGUCAUUUUAUUUUUUCCACUUGGUUUAUUUGCAUUUGCCUUUGCUCGCAAAGCACAAAAUAAAUUUCGCGAUGGUUUUGUUAUGGAUUCACAUAAACUUAAUAAACGUGCUCUUAUUCUUUGUAUUCUAUCCAUUUUAUGUGGUAUUGCAUUGAUCAUUGGUUUACUCUUUGGUUUCGAUGCUUGGCCAAGAACAAAUGGAUAA